AUGCUCGCGUGGCCCGCGGACAACGACGCCAAGGCGGAGCGCAGCCCGGCGAGGACGUCCGCCAUGAAGGUCAUCAAGACCGCCACCAAGAGGAGCGCCAUGAAGGCUAUGAAGAGCUCCAAGCCGAAGGGCUGCCUCCCCAAGGGGGUCUCGCUCAGCUCGGUGCUUAUCAAGACCAGCAAGGUGGCGAAGAACCCCAACAUCAACUCACGGACUCGGAAGGUGAACGGGCUGCGGGUGGAGCAGGCGAUGGCGGAGGUGAAGUGGCGCAGCCCGGGAGGGGUCAUGAAGGUGUACGGCAUAUCCGAUGUUAAGUACGACCUCUUGUGCGGGUACACCAAGAUCCGCACGCAGGCGAAGUGA